CGCUCAGCGCUUAACUAGAGAGCGCGAGACCUGGCAGCGAAGAAACCUCGGGGAGGGAGAAAGGGAGUGUGCUGGUGUAUGAAGAGAAGAGAGAGAGAAAGAGAACGACAGAGAGAGGUUGGGAAAAGACUACCACCUCUAUCCAUCAGCUGAGCAUCCUGCGGGAAGUCACUUCGAGCGCGCGAGCGGUUGAUGCGGCAUUUCUGCCCGUCCGAGCAAAAGGAUCAUUAAACGCGCAGGAUGUGACUGAGGGACCCAAAUAAAACAACUAAACUGUUAUUUUCUUCGGCUCUAAUCACGCUGGUGAUUUCUUUAUUUGAUUCUUUCACUUGGGUUUUUGUUUUCUCUUUUCAUCAUUAAUAUGCGGAUGUUUCGGAAAACACUAUCGAAGUGAUGUCAGUAGGAAAUGUCAUAAAUGUUGCUGAAUGAAAAGUUCAAAGAUUUUUCAUAAAUGGGGUCUAAUCUAAUGUCAAGCUGGUUGUGAAGGUGUUUGAUCUGGUCCCCUCAACCCCAGCUGGAGUCCCCAUGGCUGCUGGAGUGGCAGCCUGGCUCCCCUUUGCUCGGGCGGCGGCCAUAGGAUGGAUGCCCGUGGCCAACCUGCCCAUGCCCGUUGCACCAACCAAUAAGAACAAGCAUCAGGAUGAGAUUAUUAUUCUCAAUGUCAGCGGCCGACGCUUCCAGACCUGGCGCAACACGCUUGACCGCUACCCUGAUACGCUCCUGGGGAGCACUGAAAAAGAAUUCUUCUUCAAUGAGGAAACUAGGGAGUAUUUCUUUGACCGAGAUCCGGAUUUGUUCAGAAGUAUUCUUAACUUCUACCGUACAGGGAAGCUGCACUACCCACGCUACGAGUGCAUCUCUGCCUACGAUGAGGAGCUGGCGUUCUUUGGAAUCAUUCCCGAGAUCAUCAGUGACUGCUGUUACGAAGAGUACAAGGACCGCAAGAGAGAGAACAUAGAGCGUCUUAUGGAUGACCUUGAGGACAACAAAGACAGCAAACUCCCCAACAUGACUUUCCGUGAGACCAUGUGGAGGGCCUUUGAGAACCCACACACUAGCACCAUGGCGCUGGUUUUCUACUACGUAACCGGAUUCUUCAUCGCCAUAUCUGUCCUCACCAAUGUUGUUGAAACGGUUCCUUGCAGUUAUAUGCCGAAUCAGAGAGACAUCCCCUGCGGGGAGCGCUACACCGAGGCGUUUUUCUGCAUGGACACAGCUUGUGUAAUGAUAUUUACGGUGGAGUAUCUGAUGCGACUGUUCGCAGCACCCAGCAGGUACCGCUUCAUGAGAAGUGUGAUGAGCAUUAUCGAUGUGGUGGCCAUCUUACCAUAUUACAUCGGGCUCGUCAUGACCAACAACGAGGACGUAAGCGGAGCCUUCGUCACACUACGGGUGUUCCGUGUCUUCCGGAUCUUUAAAUUUUCCCGCCACUCCCAGGGUCUUCGGAUCCUUGGCUAUACGCUGAAGAGUUGUGCGUCCGAGCUCGGCUUCCUCCUCUUCUCCCUCACCAUGGCCAUCAUAAUCUUUGCCACAGUCAUGUUCUACGCUGAGAAAGGCUCCUCGUCCAGCAAGUUCACCAGCAUCCCGGCCUCCUUCUGGUACACCAUUGUAACCAUGACAACGCUGGGGUAUGGAGACAUGGUCCCUAAGACUAUAGCAGGAAAGAUCUUUGGCUCCAUCUGUUCUCUCAGUGGGGUGCUGGUCAUCGCUCUGCCUGUUCCCGUCAUCGUUUCCAACUUCAGCCGCAUCUACCAUCAGAACCAGAGAGCUGAUAAGCGUCGGGCUCAGAAAGUUCAGAAAGCCAAACUGGCCCGAAUGAGAAUUUCCAAGAAUGGCAGCUCUAGCGCCUUCCUGCAUAGCAAACGAAAUGGACUCAACCAAUCACUGGAGCUAACGCAGCUCCCCUAUUACAAGAUGAAACUUUCACCACAGGGCUCCUUAGAGGAGGACCAACACUUGAAGAAGACCACAUCUCUGCUGGAGAGUCAACAUCACCAUCUUCUGCACUGCCUGGAGAAGACCACGAAUCAUGAGUUUGUGGACGAGCGACUGUAUGAACAGGGGUAUCUGCAGACAGCACUACAGAACUUCCCAUCGCAGAGUCCAUCUCUCUCCAGUGAAGAGGGCAUCACAGGCACCUGCUGCUCUCGGAGAACCAAGAAGAACAUCCCGCCUCUCAGUGCCACAAACACACACUCACACACGCACAACCUGCAGGAGCUCAGCGCCUUACACAUCCAGUGUGGGGAACAGCAUCCACUCAAUACCAGUCGUUCCAGUCUCAAUCUGAUGUCUGAUGAAUCUGGGAGUCUGAACUGCAAGAGCAGUGGACUGGUUACCACGGCAAUCAUCAGCAUCCCAACCCCUCCCUCGAACAACUCUCGAGCCAAUCCCGACGCUCCGCCCCCUGCAAACCCAGACGCUCCGCCUCUUCCGAACCCUGGCACUGACGUGGUGAGAAUCUCUGCGCUGUAGGAGACAACAGAACUCAGGAAGAGAAACUGAUGAGUAGCCUGCCCCCUAGUGGGAGAAGAAGUGCACUGACUCAGACUCUGUGAAAGACAUAGAAGAUCAACAACGAUGCGUCUAAAUGAGAGAGAAGGAGAAAGCAACAACAGGACGGCCAUGAGCAUUUAUCACUCUCCAUCAGGACGCUGUGAAUGUUGAGGGUGUCACUGCAGUGUCACUGUGCAUUAAACAUUUCAUCUUCUUUUUCCUCAUAGUUUUCUGUGUGGUCAUACCGUUUUUUAAAUCGUCAGAAAGAUUCAUAUUUUGUCAAGCAUUUGCUUUCAUCCGCGAGUCUUGUUUGUUUAAUAUCAGUCCAUUAAUCUGUUCCAACGAUGCAGACAGCCUCUGCGUUCUUUAUCCCGCUUAAGUUGUAUUUUGAUCUAGAAUAAUUCCUAAAGGAUAAGAAAAAAAAUCUGCUUUCGGUCAGAGGGAGACAGUAUGAGUGUUUCUUAAACUGUGCUAAGUUUUUAUUUUUGGAAUAUGUAUGAUUGGUCAGAAUUAGGUCUAACUUGAAUGUUUUUACCCCGUGUGUGUGUGUGUUUGUAAGAAUACCUGAAUCAUCCCUCAAACUCUCAGCCUCUCACACAGUCCGUGCCUCUCAGGGGGAGGAGAGUUUCCUUCUUCUUUAAGCCACUGUCUUUCCCAAACGUUGAGCCGACUUUAUAACAUUAGUCGUGACCUAUCAGACAUUACUAUGUAAUAUAGAAAAAAAAGAGAGCGAGAAAGAGAGGAACAUGAAAGUGUUUUUAGAAACUCUGUGACUACAAGCACAAGGCGUCGCUGACAUUUUGUGAUUACAAUGUGUACCAAGCCUUGGUUUAACUGUGAAUAUUGUUGAUAGAAUAUUUUGUAAUAUUUAGCCAUUGUUUGGCAAAACCAGAGCAGCUGCCUACCCUGCCCCGUUUUCCGUCUGCCCCGCCCCUUUCCUCUGUCUACUGCUGGCCUGCUUCCUGUAGUUGUUCUGAUCGAAGUGUUAUUGUCAUUAUCGCUCAAUUGGUAUUUAACUGUCUAGUUUGCGUAAAACUACAUGGGGUAGGACACUUUUGAUGUUUGUGUUUUUCCGUUAACCGUGAAUGUUUUUGUUAACUAGAUUUUCGGUCUACGUUGCUGUCAGCUGUACGAAUCAAUUAGAGAUAUUCUCCAGCUCUUUUCUCUCCCUCUAAACUCCCUCCUUUUCUGUAUUUGUCAGCCAUGUUCAUGAGAACGGUAUUGCCAAUGAGAGAAUUAGUGUUUGUUAGUGGAAAGUCUGUUUCGUCAGUGUCGUUUACUGUCCUCGAAACUGCCAGCAAUCAACCGCAUGAUCCCCUGAGCUCCACCUUUUGUACCAUAACCCCCACCCAUCUCCUUAAACCCCACUCACUUGUGCCUCUUACACCAGCAUACAUAGAAAGUGACCCCCUCCCCUCAGGACGUUAUUGCUUCAGGGCCAGAGUUUUAGUGUUCAGUGCAAUGAUACACACUAGACCUCAUAUCAAUAAAUUUAUUAUUGCUUUGGUCCUUCUUUUUAGAUAGAAUAAGCCAUAUUUUCCAGAAAGAAAAAUAAAUGAUUCAAUGAUUAGCUACAUAACAGAUACAUAACCUAUACUUGAACUUUAAAGAAGAAAGUGGAUGUGCGGUUACACAAAAAUGAUUUCGAAUUUGCUGGACAUCACCCUUAGGACACCAGUAUUACAGGGAAAAGCACAUUGUGACAUUUAGGAUAUCAGGGUAUCCGGCCCACACCAUUCUUACCGAAAUGUUCUUUGAUGACCCGUGAGUUCAUAUGAUAAUCAUCUUCCUGUUUGUCGUACAUACAAUCCAUAGCAAACAUUUAAUGAUCCGAUUUUAUGGUCCAAAUAAUGUUUGGUCCCUUUGUGAUUUUCAUGUGUACAUAAUAGAUGGGAAAUAUGGAAAUGAUCUAAUGUUUAAAUAAUAAGAGGCAAAGGUGUGGCCAAUAUAUUCUAAAUUUUAAGAUAAUAAAUGUUGAGUGUUGGAUCACCUGUGGUCGUUGGCGAGCAGUAAUGUGUUGGAGUUUUUCCUUCACUUUGUCUUUACAUCCAGCCCAGCAGGGGGCACUACAGAACCAUCGAUGUAAUAGAAGUGACUCUAGAAUCCUAACAGCUUUGUAAUAAUUCAUUUGUGCAGUCCCUUCAGAUGACAGAGCAGGUUGUUUUGAAUAUAUAACCAAGUGGAGAUCUGUAUGUGCGCAUCUACAUACCUGUCGAGGGUCUUCUUUCUGUGUGUCUGUGCUUGUUUAAGUCUUUUACUCUCUUCUUCUCUUCAUUUUAUUUUUCUCCUGAGAUAGUCAUGUUAUUCUAUUCAGCAGAUUCCUGUUCACUGUCAGAUGUUAACUAUUAUUUAUGAUCUUGUCUUGUGUCACAGUUGUGAAACGCCUGAUAAAUGAAUUGUAUCUGCCACAAA